CUUUGAAUCACUAGAGCUCGUGCCUGUUAGUAAAUUGACCGUUACAAACCUAACCGCUCGCCUCACACUGUACUCGAUCGCUUUACAAUUUAAACUUUCUCUUAAAAAAAGAAGUUUAAAGCAGAAUGGAUGCAGGAGGUGCAAGUCAACCAAUCACUCAGUCUGCAGAAGAUGCACAGGCAUCAUCAGUAAUUUGUAAAGAGGAAACCAAUAGCAGGGAUUUGCCAGACUCUUCUACCAGUGCACAUCUGGGUGACUGUCUAAAAGACGAAGAUGCAGAAAAGAAGUUUGACGCUGAGGCAUCCUCAAGAAAUCUUUUCAGCAACAACAAUGCAGGCCCUUUCAUCUCUGUCAACCAGAGCGGCAGUGUCCAGUUCAUCCCCUCCCAGCAGAGAUAUGAAACCUUCUCUUCCUGGCCUGGGUCUCCCAUAAUGCAGUAUGCUGUCCGCUCCAGGAAUGGCACUUACAUUGUGUCUGACAUUAAGGGCCAAGCCACCCCUGGAGGUAUGUCUGCAUAUCAGAUUUCCUCUCCUGCAUCUGGCCUUUCCCAGGUGAUGGAUAGCUCACCCAGCUCUCUGCCCAGCCCUCAGAAGCUGGCUGAGGAGGCGUCACGGAAGAGGGAACUCCGACUCAUGAAAAACAGGACGGCGGCCAAAGAGUACAGACGCAGACAGAAGGACUAUGUGCGGAGCUUAGAGACUCGCAUCGCCAUGAUGGAGAACCAGAAGCGGAAAAUGACAGAAGAGCUGGACAGUCUAAAGGAAUUGUGCACUGGAAAAUCCCAUUCAUUUUAGUGGUACAAUAGACUGCUGCUAUCUGAUUGAUUCUGUUCCAGUUUUACUGUAUAAUAUUGUUGCCAUAUGUGUGUUUUAUAUCUUUUGUGAAAAUUGAACAGUAGACCAGCACUGCCUAUGCUCAUUAGGCAUUUUUUAAAAUUUUAUAUUGAAAAUUGGAUCAAAUAUUUUUAAAAGUUGACAAAAAUUGGAUAUUGGAUAAAAUAUAUUUCAAAGGUAUCUAUUUUAAGAGAAAUUUUUAAUGUCAUUUUAAAGGACCUCUUAUAUGAAUCAUUCACAAAUACACCAGCUCCAAAAUAAAUCUAGCUAGUGUAUAUACUUACUGUAAGAAAUAUAGGCUGAACAGAUAUGUUGCUUAGAUGAGAUGAUUAGAUUUUGUGUUUAUGGCUGUUUAUGGUAUAUUAAUAUAGUUCAGUCACUCUUAAAAAAAUGUAAAUAAAUCAAAAACUUAAAACGAUGAGAUUGUUUGUAAUAAAUAUAUUCUUGAAUA